AAACCAAACCAACCUGCGAGUCGUGCAAGUUCGUUGUUCGUUUGUAGUUUGGCUGUAUUUCCACUCUUUUGUCCCAGGAAUACAAUAAAACAUUAUUUUUAUAUUUUAACUAGUAUGAGAGAUUCAAGCUUUGGUUAUUUUUCUUCUGUGUAAUAUUCAUAAAAAAGUUUAGUUAUUUUGAAGAUUUGAUAAGCUUGUAAAUAUUAUAACGAUGCCUGUUUAUAUCUGUAAUAGAAGUACAAUUUUGUAAUGAAGUCUCUAUUAAUAAAUUCAUAAUCGUUCAGAAUGGGUUGCGAAUUUCAGCUUUAAUUAUAUGGACAACUAGAUUUAAGUGCCUUGUUGAUUAUAAUUAAUUGGUGUAAUACCCACCAUGUCGAACGCCUUGCUGCAGCAGUUUGUGGCUGGACUCAAGUCCAAGAGUCAAGAGACUCGAACAAAAGCAGCCAGGGAACUAUAUUUAUAUGUCAAAACGGAGCUUAGAGAAGUCUCGGCUGAGGAGUUGACAGCAUUCAUGGACGAAUUUAAUCAUCAUAUUUUUGAAAUGGUUUCUGGCUCAGACGUCAAUGAAAAGAAGGGUGGCAUCGUUGCUAUAGUUUGCCUGAUAGUAGCUGACGUUGGAAAUAUCAACAAUAGGAUAAGUAGGUUUGCCAACUAUCUGAGAAACCUGCUGCCGUCCAAUGAUCAGGGAGUGAUGGAGCUGGCCGCUAACACAGUUGGCAAGCUUGCAUUGGUCUCGGGAACUUACUCAGCCGAAUACGUUGAAUUCGAGGUGAAAAGAGCUUUUGAAUGGUUGGGCGGGGAUCGGCAUGAGGGAAAGAGACACGCAGCGGUGUUGGUGUUACGGGAAUUGGCCUUAUCAGUGCCCACAUACUUCUUUCAGCAUUCAACAUUUCUUGAAUUAAUUUUCAAUGCGAUUCAUGACCCAAAGCCUUUCAUCAGAGAGGGCGCUGUCGAGGCACUGAGGGCAGCUCUUGUCGUCACCGCGCAACGAGAGACAGCGCAAACUCAAAAGCCCACCUGGUAUUCAAACUGCUAUUACGACGCGAUGAAAGGCUUUGAGGACAUAGUGGCAAAGGGAAUUAGCAAGGACGACCGCAUACAUGGCUCAAUGCUGGUGCUGAAUGAGUUGUUGCGCUGCAGCAAUGUGCAGUGGGAGCGCACCUACGAGGGACUCAUGCAGCGUAUACAGUGCCAGCCGCCCCAGCCUGUGCCCGACUCGGUGAGCCUGCUGCCGCGACUGAAGUCGCCGCUGGUGAGCAAGUCGCGCAGCCACGUGAGCCUGGUGCGACGCGGCGUGGUGUCGGGCGCGACUGCGACUGCGGCCGCAGAGGGCAAGGAGCAGGCCUUCUACGAGAGUGCCGCCUGCCGCGCCCUGGUCGCCGACAACCUCUCCAAGAUCUGCUACUCGGUGCUCAACCAGCGCCAGUCGCGCAGUCCGCACAUCCAGCACACUUUGCUCACCAUCCUGCCCCGCCUAGCCGCCUUCAACCGCGACAAGUUUGUGCAGCUCGUUUCCAUCAGACACUUUAACGCAAAUAGUGAUACUAUGACAAGCUGCCUGAUGGAGAGCAUGAACUACCUGCUGGCGACACUGCAGGGCCGCGAGCGAGCCGAUAGAGCUCUGGCGUUCACUACCAUUGGUCUCAUAGCUGUAGCUGUGGAACACCAUAUUCAGCCCUUUCUUCCCAAAAUAAUGGAGGCCAUACGAACAUCUCUCCCGGCCAAGGAAACGCCGAGCAAGAAGCGCUUGUCAGGCCUGGAGCCGAGUGUGCUGGUGUGCGUGACGCUGCUCAGCCACGCGGUGAAACAGCUGAUGCAGAACGACGUGCACCAGCUGUUGGAGCCCAUGCUGGCCACUGGCCUCAGUCCCGCACUCACCACCGCACUCAGGGAGCUCGCCGCCAAUAUUCCUCAGCUCAAGCGCGACAUCUCCGAAGGCCUUCUGAAAAUGCUGUCUCAAGUUCUAAUGCAGAAGCAUUUGCGCCACCCGGGGAUGCCAACUCACAUUCCGUCUGCGUCGUCGUCUCUCCACAUGCCAGUCGAUGCUCAAGAUGUCCCUUCAAUUGUUCUGGCCCUCAGGAUCCUUGGAAGCUUCAAUUUUGACGGUCACUCACUACUGCAGUUUGUGCGUCGCUGUGCCGAGCACUUUUUGACCAGCGAGCAGCAGGAGGUGCGCCUGGAGGCGGUGCGCACAUGCAGCCGCCUGCUGCGACUGGCCAUCGAGAGCCAGGCCAGGGGCGGCACUGGAGGUGGGGGCAGCAGUCAACACUCGCACACCGUCACCAACACGGUAGCUGACGUGCUCAGCAAGCUGCUUGUCGUCGGCAUCACCGAUACAGAUGCUGAUGUGCGAUUCUGGGUGAUGGCAUCGUUGGAUGAGACCUUUGAUCAGCAGCUGGCUCAGGCUGAGAACUUGAGUGCUCUAUUCGUUGCAAUGAACGACGAAGUCUUCGAAAUCCGAGAAAUGGCCGUCUGCACCAUCAGUCGUCUGUCUUCUUUUAAUCCGGCUUACGUGAUGCCGUCUCUUCGAAAGACUCUUGUCCAGUUUCUAACCGAACUUGAGUAUAGUGGUAUGGGACGAAACAAAGAGCAAAGUGCCAGGAUGUUGGAUCACUUGGUGUUGAACGCUCCACGGCUGGUUCGACCCUACAUGGAGCCUAUACUCAAAGUGCUUGUGCCAAAGUUGAAGGAACCGGAGCCCAAUCCCAGUGUUGUAAUCAGUGUUCUCACAGCUAUUGGAGAUCUGGCUGAGGUGAAUGGACAAGAGAUGCAGCCUUGGAUUGGUGAGCUGCUGACCAUCCUACUGGAGAUGCUGGGAGACGCCUCGUCGCCGGACAAGCGCGGCGUGGCGCUGUGGGCUCUCGGCCAACUGGUCGGCUUCACCGGGUUCGUCGUCAAGCCCUACAACCAGUAUCCCGCUCUCCUCGACACGCUCAUCAACUUCCUCAAAACUGAACAACGGAUUGUUAUCAGGCGCGAGACAAUACGUGUUCUGGGAUUGCUUGGUGCUUUGGAUCCAUACAAACACAAGAUGAACCUUGGACAAAUCGAUUCUCAGAUCGAUUCUACGGGACUUCUGUCUAUGACUGAUGGAAAAUCUGAUGCGGAAUCUAGUCUUGAUCUGACCACCAGUGAAAUGCUCGUAAACAUGAGUACAUCUACACUUGAAGAGUACUAUCCAGCUGUAGCUAUUGGUACAUUAAUGAAAAUCAUCAGGGAUCCAACUUUGUCACAACAUCAUACAAUGGUAGUUCAGGCCGUAACUUUCAUCUUCAAAUCGCUAGGAAUAAAAUGCGUGCCAUACAUCCCGCAAGUGAUGCCAUCUUUCUUGAACGUCAUCCGGACGGCUGACAUCAACUUCCGAGAGUUUCUAUUUCAGCAGCUGGCAGUUCUCAUUGCCAUAGUGAAGCAGCAUAUUCGCAAUUAUCUUGAUGACAUUUUUACCCUCAUAAAGGAGUUUUGGACCAUAAAUAGCCCUCUGCAGAGUACAUUGAUUCUGUUGGUUGAGCACAUAGCAGUGGCAUUAGGAGCAGAAUUCAAAAUUUAUUUAUCGCUGCUAGUUCCUCAUAUACUCAGGGUGUUGGCUCACGAUACAAGUAAAGACAGGAUGGUUACUGUCAAGCUGUUGAGCGCCCUGCAGAAGUUCGGCAGCAACCUGGACGAUUACCUGCACCUGGUGCUUCCCCCGAUUGUGCGGCUGUUUGAUGCCAACGACUGCUCAGUGGCGGUGAGUCGCAUGGCCAUGGAGACCAUCGACCACCUCUCCGAGACACUGGACUUCACUGAUUUCGCAUCACGCAUCAUACAUCCCCUGGUGAGGAGUCUGGACACAAACCCAGAUGUUCGGGGCACGGCAAUGGAGACUCUGUGCGCAAUGAUGGUGCAGCUGGGACGCAAGUAUCGCAUCUUUGUGCCGCUUGUCAGCCGAGCUGUACUACGCCACAAAAUUCUAUGUCCAAACUAUGAGAUGCUCAGCAAUAAGAUUCUUACUGAAUCAACUGUCGCUCCAGAAGAGGAUUUGCUCAUAAGCAGACAAAAGUUGAAUCGAAUAAAAAAUAGAGAAAUUCCAGUUUCUUCAGAGACAACUACAAUCAAGAAGAUGAAAACAUUUCCCAAUAAUUUGCAAAAAUCUUGGACGGCAACUCGUAGAGUAUCGAAAGAUGAUUGGCUUGAAUGGCUGCGGAGGCUGUCAAUUGACUUCCUCAAAGAGUCUCCAUCGCCAGCUCUCAGGUCGUGUUGGGCGCUUGCACAGACAUAUUCGCAACUACCCAGAGACUUGUUCAAUGCGGCGUUCGUCUCGUGUUGGACAGAACUCACAGAAGACAUCCAGCCGGAGUUGAUAGAGACAUUGCGACAGGCUCUACUGGUUCCUGAUCUUCCAGAAAUCACGCAAACCAUUCUUAAUCUUGCCGAGUUCAUGGAGCAUUGUGAUAAGGGUCCACUUCCUCUGGAUGCGAAGCUUCUGGGUGAGAGAGCCAUGCAUUGCCGUGCCUAUGCAAAGGCUCUGCAUUAUAAAGAAGAGGAGUUCCACAAGGGGCCAACCUCCCAGGUUUUAGAGGCAUUGAUAUCCAUCAACAACAAACUUCAGCAAAAAGAAGCCGCUGCCGGUCUUUUGGAAUAUGUGAUGAACCAUGAUGGAGAUAAGUUCAAAGUCCAAGAGCGUUGGUAUGAGAAGCUGCACAAUUGGGAGAAAGCACUGCAUGCGUAUGAAGAGAGACUGGCCGAGAAUCCACAUGACAUUGAAAUAACUCUUGGUCAGAUGCGAUGCAUGGAAGCUCUUGGUGAAUGGGGCCAACUGCACGAACUGGCGGACAAGCACUGGCACGAGGUGACCGACUCGGGCCGAGAGCGCAUGUCGCGUAUGGCGUCAGCGGCGGCCUGGGGUUUGGCGCAAUGGGACUCGAUGGAGACGUACGUGUCGUGCAUCCCACGCGACACGACCGACGGUGCAUUCUACCGGGCAGUGCUGGCAGUGCAUAGCUACCAGUUCGCCUCCGCCCAGCUGCUCAUCGACUCGGCACGUGACCUGCUCGACACCGAACUGACUGCCAUGGCCGGUGAGAGCUACCAGCGAGCCUACGGCGCCAUGGUGUGUGUGCAGAUGCUCGCCGAACUGGAGGAGGUCAUUCAGUACAAACUGGUGCCCGAGCGACAGGCCACCAUUCGCACCAUGUGGUGGGAUCGGCUACAGGGAUGUCAAAGAGUGGUUGAAGACUGGCAGCGUAUAAUUCAAGUGCGAACUUUGGUGGUGAAGCCCCAUGAAGACAUGCAUACCUGGCUCAAGUAUGCUUCGCUCUGCAGGAAGUCUUUCCGUUUGAAUCUAUCUCAUAAAACGCUGGUGAUGCUGCUGGGAAUGGACCCUUCCAACAAUCCGGAUCAGCCACUUCCCACUAACCAUCCUCAAGUCACAUUUGCUUAUACAAAACAUCUAUGGGCCACUGGCAAGAAGGAGCUGGCAUUCAGCCAGCUGCACAGUUUUGUGCAACAGUAUCUGCAGCAGUCUUCAAACCAGCUGCACCCCGAGGAUGCCAAACAUCAACAGGAAACCCACAGAAGGCUACUUGCACGAUGCUACUUGAAGCUGGGCCAGUGGCAGGAGAGCCUGCAGGGCAUCAACGAGCAGUCGAUCCCAGCUGUUCUUCAGUACUACGCCGCAUCCACCGAGCAUGACAACUCGUGGUACAAGGCGUGGCACGCCUGGGCAUACAUCAACUUCGAAACCGUCCUCUUCUACAAGCACCAGCAUCAGGCCAUAGGAGAGCCGCCCACCCCACGUGCCGCCGCCCCUCUGCCAAGCAACCAGUACAUCACCAAGUUCACGGUGCCGGCGGUGGAGGGCUUCUUCCGGUCGAUCGCCCUGUCGCACGGCAGCUCGCUGCAGGACACCCUCCGUCUGCUGACUCUCUGGUUCGACUACGGCCAGUGGCCCGAGGUCUACGACGCCAUUGUUGAGGGCAUUCGCAGUAUUGAGAUCGACACUUGGCUGCAGGUGAUUCCGCAGCUGAUAGCCCGCAUCGACACGCCGCGUGCGUUGGUUGGCCGCCUGAUCCAUCACCUGCUGAUGGACAUAGGCAAGCAUCACCCGCAGGCGCUCGUCUACCCACUAACUGUCGCCAGCAAGUCCAACAGUCUGCCGCGCCGCAAUGCCGCCAACAAAAUUCUCAAAUCCAUCUGCGAACACAGCCAACUGCUCGUGCAACAGGCUAUGAUGGUAAGCGAUGAACUGAUUCGCGUUGCAAUCUUGUGGCAUGAGUUGUGGCACGAAGGCCUCGAAGAAGCAAGUCGGCUCUACUUUGGAGAGCGCAAUGUGAAGGGCAUGUUCGAUACUCUCGAGCCUCUGCAUGCGAUGCUCGAAAGAGGACCUCAAACUCUCAAAGAAACUUCAUUCAAUCAGGCGUACGGUAGAGACCUGGUGGAGGCGGUGGAGUGGUGCCACCGGUACAAGGGCUCGGGCAACGUGCGCGACUUGAACCAGGCGUGGGACCUCUACUACCACGUGUUCCGGCGCAUCUCCCGCCAGCUGCCACAGCUGACCAGCCUCGAGCUGCAGUACGUCAGUCCCAAGCUGCUGGUGAGCCGCGACCUCGAGCUGGCUGUGCCUGGCUCCUACUGCCCCGGUCAGCCCACUGUGCGCAUCGCACACAUUCAGAGCUCACUGCAGGUCAUCACCUCCAAGCAGCGCCCGAGAAAGCUAUGUAUCAAAGGAAGCAACGGCAACGACUACAUGUUUCUACUGAAAGGUCACGAGGAUCUCAGACAAGAUGAAAGAGUGAUGCAGCUUUUUGGUCUGGUCAACACUCUUUUGCUCAAUGACCCUGAUACUUUCAGAAGAAACUUGACAAUUCAGCGCUACGCAGUGAUUCCGUUGUCGACGAACUCAGGCUUGAUUGGAUGGGUGCCGCACUGCGACACUCUCCACACCCUCAUCAGGGACUAUCGAGACAAGAAGAAGAUUCUUCUGAACAUAGAGCACCGAAUCAUGCUGCGUAUGGCUCCGGACUAUGAUCACCUCACGCUCAUGCAGAAGGUCGAGGUAUUCGAGCAUGCUCUUGAGACGACACAAGGAGAUGAUCUGGCCAAACUGCUGUGGCUCAAAUCACCGUCGUCUGAGGUUUGGUUUGAUCGCAGAACCAAUUACACUCGUUCAUUAGCUGUUAUGUCUAUGGUUGGCUACAUUCUUGGACUUGGCGACAGACAUCCUUCGAACCUGAUGUUGGACCGAUUGAGUGGGAAGAUCCUGCAUAUUGACUUUGGUGAUUGCUUCGAAGUAGCAAUGACACGAGAGAAGUUCCCGGAGAAAAUUCCUUUCAGACUCACUCGAAUGCUCAUCAACGCCAUGGAGGUGACUGGCAUCGAAGGCACGUACCGGCGGACGUGCGAGAGCGUGAUGUGGGUGCUGCACCGCAACAAGGACAGUCUGAUGGCUGUGCUGGAGGCGUUCGUGUACGACCCGCUGCUCAACUGGCGCCUCAUGGACCCGACGGGGCCGCAGGGUGGGGGCGGUGGAGGCGGGGGCGGAGGCGGCAUGAAGGCCGGUGCCAAACGCAGUGUACCGUCGUCGUCAUCCUCACGGGACGACCCGGGUGAGUUGCUCGCCAACAGCGUCGCUGCGGCCGCCGCCAGUCUUGGCCCCCCGGCCAACCUCGGCCCCGCCAAGAAGCCCCCUGUGCCCAGCAGUGUCGAGAAUGCCGGUGAGAGCAGUCAACCGGAAGCGUUGAACAAGAAGGCGCUGACCAUUGUGACACGAGUGAGAGAGAAGCUGACCGGCAGGGACUUCUCACACGAAGAAACGCUGACAGUGCAGCGCCAGGUUGAGCUGCUCAUUCAGCAGGCAACUGCCAACGAGAAUCUAUGUCAAUGCUACAUUGGGUGGUGUCCAUUCUGGUGAGAUGUUACCAAAAACGGUUGUUCAAAUAAGAGAAGACUGAGUAUUGAUAGACGUGUUUAAUGGUUCCUCUGUAAAUCUGUGCAAACAUAGCUGUAUUGGCCGAUCAUCACAGACAUCUUUGUUUAAUAUAUCUGUAGAUCAAUGUUCGUAAGUAACCUACUUCAACGUUAUAUUUUAUUUAGUUUUAAAUGGUCAAUUUGUAUUUAGAAUAGUAUUUAUCACUGAUUCAAAGUAAUAAGCCAUACAAUCCAGAUAUUUUAUAAAUUGUUAAGACUCUGAAUAAAUGAAUGUCACUUUUCAUUCAA